ACAAGUAGACUACUAAACUAGCUAUGCAAUCUAUCCGAAGCGCCACCCAGUCGAUCCUUUCCUGAUAUACGGGAGCGAUGUAUCCGCAACUAAGUCAGAACGUGUGUGGCACUGUUAAGAACAGAAACAGGGAGGAGACUACAGGGAUCCAACAGCAAACUGAACUGAUGUCAGGACGAAAUGCUGUCAACAGGUAUCUCGUGGGUCCUCCUGCUGAUUCCCUUGAGCACAGCAAAUAGAGGUUUCACAAACUGUAAGGGCGAUCACACAACAUUGUUCUGUCUGGACCCAAAGUAUCAGAUUGAGGGCAAAGUGGAGAUAAAUGCACUUUGGAAAAAAGAUUCUGGUGAAAGAGUGAUCUGGAAAUAUAACGGCGACAGCAAAAAAGGACACACUUUCAUGAACAGGACAGUAGAGCUGAAUGAUGAUUUAUCCCUUUCAAUCGAUGGAUGUGAUCAGUCAGAUCAAGGCAUAUACAUUCUCUGUAUCAAUGGAAAACCGAGCUGUGAAGUUACGCUAUUUGUCAGAGACUCAAAACAAUGCAAACCAAAAACAUUCACAGAACAAUCAAUUAGAAGCACUGCAUUUCCUACUAUGGCAAAACAAGGUAUAUAACAUUAUAAACAAAAAUUAUUUUUGUGAACCAUCACUUUGCUUUCUCAGAGUCUUUACCAUAUGCUUUUCUUCUUUCUGUCUUGGCUGCCAAAGAUGAAAAACAUCUGCAAACUGAGACCAGUCUGCCUAAUAAUUACAUCAGAUGGGUUAUUUAUGCCUGUUUAUGUUUGGUUGUGCUUACUGUCUUAUUGUUGGUUAUCUGUGUAUGCGUCGCAAAAGAAGAAACAAGCAAAAAUGAAAAGUCAGGAUCUAAACUGCUCAGCAAUGAUAUACAGAGUACCUAUGCCAGUGCAUGAUCUUAAAUUUAAUGUGGACACAACAGCAUAUCGUAAGGAUGAACAUCAGAACCGAAAUGCUAGGCUCCAAAAAAUAAACUUAAGAUUUAUGUCAGGACGUCACAUUUUCAUAAUUCUUCUGAUGUCAGCACAGAAAUGUUAUGCCCCAAUAUGUCUGAAUUAUGUUUGCCCACCCUUUUUUUCGAUAUUGGGCAAAUUUUCUUUCCCUUACUGUUUGUGGUUGUAUUGUCUUUGCUUGGGGCCCCCAAGAACCAAUGAUGAGAGGAAAGGCAAUGCAACUACAAACAGAAAGAGAAAGAAAGUUUGCACAAUACCAAACAAAAGGCUGGUCAAAUGUAGUUCAGAAAUGUUGCCAAUAUAUAUCUACCAUUGUAGAGUAAUUUGUAAAAAAAAGAAAACAGUAAAUGUUUGUAUAUGCUUAACUCCAUACAUUAUAUCAUUUCUAACUGUGACAAUUGUUUUAGAUACUCUUUUAGCUCAAAAAAAUAAAGAUAAUCUGGAAUUAAUGCAGGUGGACGCAUAUUAUCAUUUUCCAUUUACUGAAAAUAUAGUGAAAAGUGUUUAUAAUAAGUGGCUGUUUUUCUACAGAUUUUCCUUUAAUAAAGAAAAUAUUGACUAUUGUUUUACUUUACUUGCAUGUGUUUUACUUAUUCCAGCAGCACAUUUGUUGCUAUGAUUGGGGACUGUAAAUUAUUUAUUUAGUUAUACGAGGCUGUUUGUUGAAACUGAAACUACUGAAUGAAGACAAGACUUCACUGUAAAUUCCACAGCAGGAGCAUGUUUUUACCUAACAGUCCAAAAACAAAGCCUAGCUUUUUUCAGUUUCCAAAUGACAUCUGAAUUUCCCCCCAUGGCCUGGAAUAAUAAACAUGAAGUUACUCAGUUAUUCAUUUACAAUGAGUUCAUCAUAAACAACCAAUGAUUAACCUGGAAAUAACUGAGUGACUUCAUGCUUAUCUUUCCAAGCUAUGAGGAACAAUGUUAACUUUAUUCACCAAAACACUUUUCUUUUAUCUUUAAAAAGCACCUUCAAAACCUUAAACACUGAUUCUACUCACACUAGACCUAACUAGUGUGAAAGCACACUUCAGUUAAGAAAUUAUAUUUAAAUUUAGAAAGUUUAAUAUCUCCAAUUUUAGCAAAACAUAAGAGCAGCACUUACCCAAACAGUCAUAAUUCAGGAGUUUCUUUUGCAGAUGGUGCUUCACCAUGAAGAAAGGCUGAAAAAGCUUUACAUCACUUGGGCAAGGGGAAGGGGGUAUUUCUCACAUUUGGGUGGACAUUGGCCCAUUUAGGAUAGAAUUGAACUUUAUAAAUCCCCUAGUGCCUAGGUCUUCAACCCUGCUCCUAUGGAACCCACUGUCCUGUGAAUGUUAUUUCCAACCUGGUUCACCACAACAGGACUAUGAUUUUUCAAGUUAUAGAAGACUUUGAUUAGCUGGUUCAAGUGUGUUUGUCCAACUCUGCAGGACAGUGGGUCCCCAGGGGCAGGUUUGCUAUGCUCCUAUGCUCUAGUGUUAACUGAAGUGGUUACAGCAUUUCACAAUCACUAAAUAUAAGUUAAAUGUACUGUAUAAUGUGCAACACACAUUUUUUUCCAUGUAAAGAUUGUAAAAAUGUUAAAGCGGAGGAAAGUUGUUGACGAAGUUGAGACAAACUGUUUGCCAUGAAAACAUGCACAAUGACGAAGCCUAAUCAAAUAUUUUUAUAGCACUUUUCAUAACACAAUUGAUUUCAAAGGAGGUUUACAGAACGUGUGUCCGUGUUUAACAGGAGAUCUGUAUUAAUGUCUUUAAAUACCCAAUCCAGAAAGUAAUGAGAAAAACAUCUUGUCUUAUUAUCUCUGAAGCACAAACACACCGCAUGCUAACGUCAUACGUUCUUUUCAGACAAUUUUGUUUGUUUGGUUUCAUGUAAAUGACCUUGGGCAGGUACAAUCUAUCAUCAAGGCUUGGUUACCUGGAAUAAGGGCUGUGUGUACUUCCUAUUAAACCGGUUAUGUAAAUACCUUAUGGAAAUAAUGAAAAACUUAGCCCAAUAUGAAAAUUUUAACCUCAUAAAAUAAUGAGCAAUAUAUCUAUUCAUUCAACGUACUGCAUUGUUUUGUGACAGCUGUCACAAGACAGACCCUGUCUUUCACAGGGUUAUUAUAUUGUUCAUGUGAAAACAGUACAGCUGGAGAUCACAUUGAACCUUGUGAUGGUUGCAUAAUUUUUGCAUAACCGACACCAUGGGACUACAUUUCCAUGACACAACAACAUACUCACGCAACUCAACAUGCAACCCUUUCAGUCCCUGCAUCCAUUAACAUGAGGCGUUUUAUUAAAGGUUCUUUUUA